UUUUUCGAAGGCAAGGAGCUGCGGCUGAAGCAGGAAUAUUUCGUGGUGGCGGCCACGCUCCACGACAUCGUCCGGCGCUUCAAAUCCGCCAAAUUCGGCUGCCGCGACCCCGUGAGAACGGCCUUCGACGCCUUCCCCGACAAGGUGGCGAUCCAGCUGAACGACACCCACCCGUCCCUGGCCAUCCCGGAGCUGAUGCGGAUCCUGCUGGACGAGGAGCGCCUGGGAUGGGAUGAG